AUGGCACCACCACCAACUGCACCAACAGGGAAGAAAUCCCGGAACGGGUGCAAGACUUGCAAGAUCCGGCGAGUAAAAUGUGAUGAGACCAAGCCAUUUUGCAAUCGCUGCAAGGACUUACAUAUAACAUGUGACGGCUACGUGGUCAAGAAAUCAAAAGGCAGAGAAGGCAGAGGAACAUUCUUCCCUAUCCUCCCCAAAAGCCACUCCAUAUCCUUUGCACCCGUAAAAUUGGUACCAGAAGUGCAACCGGCACGCAUUCUCUAUGACCAACAACAUCGCUACUUCGAUAUAUUUAGGCAAACCACCGCCGCGACGCUAGCAGAAUACUUAGAUACAACUCUCUGGAAUCGUAUCGUGCUUCAAGAAACCGAGGCCAACCUGUCCAUCAAACACAGCGUCAUCGCCCUUGGCGCUCUUCACAAAGCCUUAGACGGCGAUCCUUACCCACACGCAGCAGACACCAAACUUUCUCAAAGUGUCCACUACCGCUUCGCUCUUCAACAAUACGGCAAAGCUCUAAGACUGACGCGCACAUCAAUCUCCUCUCCAGAAAGUCAGGUCGAUAGUCGUGCCUUGCUGAUCUCCUGCUUCCUCUCCAUCUGUUUCGAAUGCAUCCACGGCUCCACAUCUACAGCCGUCGCGCAUAUUCAAAGCGGGAUCUCAAUGCUCGAUGAUUUCUGCAGCAAACAACCCCACUGCAUCUCAUUUGACGAACGACAAGCUCUCCCCGGCUUUCUCGAAGAUGAAAUGCUCUCCGUUCUAUGCAGACUUGAGAGCGACGUCACAGGCCUUUACGAUGCCGGCCAGCUCAGCCCACAGCCAGAAGUCGAAGCAGCAGUCGUAGGCAUAUUCUACUACAUGCCCACAGAUGGUUUCCAGAGUCUCACGUCCGCAAGGAAAUAUCUGGAUCUACUCCUCCGUGAAGUCGGCUGGUUCAUCACUUCGUGCAACGAACAGCGCUGGAGCUUCCUAGUUCAAGAUUCCGGACCGACUGUCCCAGGAAUAGAGACAGCUACUUGUCUAAUACCAACAAUCGAGCAGCAAGAACGUGCAGCUAUGUUUCAAGACCUCCUCCAGAAAUGGCUCGCUACUUUCCAAGCAACUGUCCACAGGACGCGCCUAUCUCAAAAUUCAGACGCCAAACUCUCCGUCACCGCGCUCUCUCUGCGCGCAAUUUGUGCUUCGAUUUCACUCUCCUGCUGCUUUGGGCCAGAAACGGCAUUUGAUCCACAUAUUCCUGAAUUCGAGCGAGCUUUGCAGCUAGCGGAGGAUCUGCACUUGGGUGGACCGUCCUCGAGGAGUGUGAGGCCGACAUUCAUCACAUCGUCCAUCUUGAUCAGGAGUUUGUACUUCGUCGCGCUGAAGUGUAGAUGUAGUGUACUUAGGAGGAGGGCAUUGAGUUUUCUAGAGGGUAUGCCGAGAAGGGAAGGGAUCUGGGAUGCGGUUUUUGUGUGCAAUGUUGCGAGGGCGGUUGUUGCUGUUGAGGAGGGAGGAGAGGAUUGGUCUGGAGAGGCUGGUCUCCCACCUGAGGAGAUGAGAGUUACGUCGCUGAAGACUUCUUUCGAUCUUUAUAAGCGGAAGGGGCAUGUACGGUACCUACAGUCUGUGGGAUGCGAAGAUGGAGUUAGAUUUAUGGUGGGAGAACAAGACAUUAUAUGGUAA